UCUAUGGCUGUACGUUGUUGUUGUUACUCUUAACCUCAUCUUUUCUCAAUUUAUAAAUAUCAAUAUGUGGAAAUUUUUUGAAGUUGAGAAGAAGGAUUUCAUUUCUAAAGUGAUAUCUAAAGCGAGCAGUCUCAUACUAACAAUAAGUGAUUUGAAAUCAGUUUGGAGGGAAGAAAUUUCAUCGGGUGAUAUUUUAUGCAGAUUUAAAGAAAUGAAUCCAUUGUUUGAGAGCAACGAGAACAUCAAAGAGUCGGUGGCUUUAAUGAUGAAUGAUAUUGAUAAGGCUUUAGAACUAAAUACUGUAUUAAAAGAUGAUAGUAUGGUACUCAUGAUUACUUCAGAAUUAGAAAUGAAAUACAACAUUAAAUUCAAAUUCAUUUUAACGAAACUAGAGGAAGAGUUUUUCAGUGAAGUCACAUUGCCUAUGGUACAAACUAUAUUACAAUUAGAGCAAACACAGUGCCUUUUAAGUGAUUUACUCAAGAAGAAAGAUCGUGAGUUGCAAGAGUACAAACUUGAAAAAGGAGAAAUAUCUAGAGAGGAUUUGAAAACUGAACCUUUCGAUGGCAUUGUGAACGAUACAUUGUCUGAUGACUUAAUGCUGAAUGUAUUGAACAAGAAUUUUUUAGUUGGAACUUCGGAUCAAAGCAGUUAUUCACAUGAAACUAAUGAGUUUGUGAGUGAAUAUCCAAAAAGUACAAAAUCUAUUAAGAGGAAAAUAUACUCGGCGAAAACAUCGAAUAAAAUACAUGUAUUAUGAAUAAUUUUUAUUUAAAAAGUUAUUGGAAUAUA